AUGGGCCGUGACACCAACGCAAACACCAAGGCCGUCGGCGCCGAGCUGGCGGCCGUCCUGCCGGACACCGGCCCCUGGUACAGGCAGCCGCACAUGCUCCGGCUCAACCUGUGCGUCGCCUCGCUCAUCAUGUGCGCGUCGGCCAACGGGUACGACGGCUCCAUGAUGAACGGCCUGCUCGCGCUGCCGCAGUGGCACGCCUUCAUGGGCCAGCCCACGGGCGCCUGGCUCGGGUUCGUCAACGCCGCCUACUCGCUCGGCAACCUGGUCGUGUACCCGGCCGCCGCGUGGGUGUGCAACCGGUACGGCCGCAAGGCCGGCAUCUACGUCUCGUGGGCCUGCCUGGCCGUCGGCUCGGCGCUGCAGACGGCGGCGCCCAACGAGGCCGCCUUCGUCGCCGCCCGCUUCGUCAUCGGCUGCGCCUCGGGCUUCUUCCUCUCGGCGCCGCUGCUCAUCACCGAGAACGCAUACCCGACGCACCGCGGCAUGGUGUCGGCCCUGUACAACUGCGGCUGGUACUUUGGCGCCGUCGUCGCCGCCUGGGCGACCUACGGCACGCGCAACAUGGACCACUGGGCCUGGCGGCUGCCGUCGCUGCUGCAGAUCACGCUGCCCGUCCUCUCCGUCCCGGGCCUGCUGCUCAUCGGCGAGUCGCCGCGCUGGCUCGUCUCCGUCGGCCGCAACGACGAGGCCCGCGCCGUCCUCGCGAGGAACCACGCCGCCGGCGACGCGCGCUCGCCCCUCGUCAACUUUGAGAUGACGGAGAUCGAGGAGACGCUGCGGGCCGAGAGGGAGGCCCACGCCGAGACGAAGUGGUCGGAUCUAUGGAGCACCCCGGGCAACCGUCACCGCCUCUUCAUCUCCGUCAGCUUGGGCGUCUUUGCCCAAUGGUGCGGCGUUGGUGUUGUCUCGUACUACCUGGCCAUGGUUCUUUCCUCGGUUGGCAUCACCUCGGUCGACGACCAGACGCUCAUCUCCGCGUGUAUCCAGAUCUGGAACCUCAUCUGCGCCUCUGCCGCCGCCAUCAUGGUCGACAAGGCCGGACGCAGAGGCUUGUUCUUGGCAUCGGGCACCAUCAUGCUGAUCUCGUUCACCAUCGUCACCGCGCUCUCCGGAAGCUUCGCCAACACCGGCAACGCACCCACCGGCACGGCCGUGAUCCCUUUCCUCUUCAUCUUUUACCUCGGGUACGACAUCGCGCUGACCCCGCUGAUGGUGGCCUACCCGGUCGAGAUCUGGCCGUACCGCCUGCGCGCCAAGGGCCUCACCGUGGCGUUGAUGACCACCAUCGGCUGCAUCUUCUUCAACACGUUCGUCAACCCCGUCGCCCUCGAGUCGAUCCAGUGGAGGUACUACUUCGUCUUCCUCGCCGUGCUCGUCGCCAUGAUCGUCAGCGUGUGGUUCUACUACCCGGAGACGCGCGGCCGCACGCUCGAGAACAUGGCGUUCCUCUUCGACGGCGAGGGCGCCGAGGUGGGCGCCGGCACCGCGGAGGGCGCGCUGAAGGAGGCCGAGGUCGCCCACGUAGAGGAGGAGGAGGGGUCGGAGAAGAGGUAG